ACAUUUUGGGAGGACGAAGCCAGCCUCAUCGCUUAAGCACAGGAGUUCGAGGACUGGGAGGUGGAGGUUGUGGCAAGCCAAGAUUGCGCGGCUGCACUCCAGCCUGGAAGACAGAGAGAGCCCCUGUCACAAAAAAAAAAAAAAAAAAAGAAAGAAAGAAAGAAAUAUGAGGCCCACUGGUGCUAACCAGGGAACCUCUCUCCAAAAGAGGGGCCCACCAAAAACCCUAACCCUGUUUCAGGUCUUUGAAGCCCCAGGACAUGGUCCGAUAACAUGCCUAGACUUCCCCUCUAGGGACUGUGGGAGGGGAGGAUUUUGGAGGUUGGCGGACUUCGUUCAGUAGAGGUGUUACUCUGCUCCGCUUAGUAUCAAGGUGAGAACCCUGAAUAAGGACCUAGGGACCACCGACUCCAGAACAGUGGGGUCCCAGCGUCUCACCCCCUGCUGUCAGCCCUCCGAGACCCCCAGCGGGAUGUUGCUCACCCUCACUUCCGCUUUGAAAGUGAGGCUGUUGGCCUGACGGGUGCAAUAGCUUCAGUCAGGUUCGCAGCCUAGCGUGAAUUCUUAGAACUGAUCCGGAGUAAAGGCAGGUCUCUGGCUGACGCUUGUAAUCCAACAUUUUGGGAGGACGAAGCCAGCCUCAUCGCUUAAGCACAGGAGUUCGAGGACUGGGAGGUGGAGGUUGUGGUGCCUGUAUCACCUGCCCUUCUGCUGACAUUCCUGCCUGCUGUUCCUGACUACAGCCAUCAUGCCUCGGGGUCAGAAGAGUACGCUCCAUGCACGUGAGAAAUGCCAGCAGACCCGGGGUCAGACCCAGGAUCACCAGGGUGCUCAGAUCACUGCAACUAACAAGAAAAAAGUAUCUUUUUCAUCCCCUCUUAUUUUGGGGCCUACUAUCCAGAAAAAGUCUGCUGGUAGACCAGGUAGUGCUCUCAAGAAGCCUCAGAGAGCACUAGCCACCACUACAUCUGUAGAUGUUUCUUACAAAAAGUCAUACAAGGGAGCCAACAGCAAAAUUAAGAAAAAGCAAAGCUUCUCUCAGGGUCUAUCCUCCACUGUGCGGUCUCGCACAGACCCUCUAACCAUGAAGACAAAUAUGUUGGUGCAGUUCCUGAUGGAAAUGUACAAAAUGAAAAAGCCCAUUAUGGAAGCAGAUAUGCUAAAAAUUGUCCAAAAAAGCCAUGAGAAUCGCUUCCCUGAGAUCCUUAAAAAAGCUGCUUUCAACAUGGAGGUGGUAUUUGGUGUUGAUUUAAAGAAAGUUGAUUCUACCAAGGACUCCUAUGUCCUUGUCAGCAAAAUGGAUCUCCCCAACAAUGGGACGGUGACUCGUGGGAGGGGAUUUCCCAAGACAGGUCUCCUGCUGAAUCUCCUGGGCGUGAUCUUCAUGAAGGGCAACUGUGCCACUGAGGAGAAGAUCUGGGAAUUCCUGAAUAAGAUGAGAAUAUAUGAUGGGAAGAAACACUUCAUAUUUGGGGAGCCCAGAAAGCUCAUCACCCAAGAUUUGGUGAAGCUUAAAUACCUGGAGUACCGACAAGUGCCCAACAGUAAUCCUGCACGCUAUGAAUUCCUGUGGGGUCCAAGAGCCCAUGCUGAAACCAGCAAGAUGAAGGUACUGGAGUUUUGGGCCAAGGUCAAUCAAACCGUCCCCAGUGCAUUCCAGUUCUGGUAUGAAGAGGCUUUGAGAGAUGAGGAAGAAAGGGUCCAAGCUACAGCUAUGCUCAAUGAUGGCAGUAGUGCCAUGGGCAGAAAGCGUUCCAAGGCCAAGGCUAGCAGCUCUUCCCACGCCUAGUGAAGUCUAAGCAAAUUUUGCAUUUUGUGGUUAAAGAGGGCAGUCACUGUUCCAAGGAGUGAAGGACUGGGUGUUACUGGAGGGAACACACUGUAUAAUACCUUUUGUUUCUGUUCUAAAUGGAUAAUUUGAAGUUUUAUCUGUAUUUUGGGGCAUAUUUUUCAAAUGUUCCUUUUAUUUAACAUUGUAAUCUAAGUUUAGGAUUGAUAUUGGUCACAUUUGUUGUUUAAGAGUAAAAAUUUUGCUGUUUUGUAAAACAGAUUGAGAAAAGUUCUAUCUUAUUCAGUGAUCUGGUGUAAGAUAACUUGGAAUUAGAAUAAGUAUUUCCUUGAAAAUGUUAAAAAAAAAAGUCAGCAGUAAAAUGUAUGGCAUUAAGAAAUAGAGAAAGAGUGUAAGAUGGUCAAUAUUUGGUUUCCUAAAUGCUUUUACUCUGUGUUUUAAGGAAAUGAAAGAUAAAUAACCAUAUAUGUCUGGCUUACUUAAGAAUGUAGAAUUAAAUCAUAAUAAAUUAGACCUCAUGCUGACACA